CGACAUCGAGAGAGAGGGAAAUGAAAACCCAGCGCCAUUGACAGUACACCCCGAGGACACGGGCAUACAAGCCGGAGCAGAGAAUUUCAUGAGAGCCGACAUGGAACAUGAAGGAAAUGGAAAACCAACGCCAGUGACACAACCGACCGGAAAGACGCGUCGGCCAUCUCCGGAUGGAUUGCUUCCGCCAGGACAUGGCUCGGCCGUUGCUAAGCCGGGAAGACGGAAGCCGGGAAUAGUCGAGAUGGGACACGAAGGAAAUGAAAAACCAACGCCAGUGACACAACCGACCGGAAAGACGCGUCGACCAUCUCCGGAUGGAUUGCUCCCGCCAGGACAUGGCUCGGCCGUUGCUAAGCCGGGAAGACGGAAGCCGGGAAGAGUCGAGAUGGGACACGAAGGAAAUGAAAUACCAACGCCAGUGAGAGGCGACAUCGAAAGUGAGGGACAUGAGAAACCAACCCCAGUGCGGAAAAACAACGCGGCUGGUGGAAAACCUGGUAACAGAGAUGAGGAGACAAUAUUACCUGAGGAAGCGGACAUGGAAGGACCAGCUGGAAAUUUUAUGAGAGCGCAUGCCGAGAGCGAGGGAAAUGGCAGACCAACGCCAGCGACACAACCGACCGGAAAGACACGACUGCCUGCUGCGGAUGGAUUUGUACCGCGGAAAAAUGGCGCGGCUGGUGGAAAACCUAACAGAUAUGAGGAGGCAAUAUUACCUGAGGAAGGGAGCAUGGAAGGAGCAGACGGAAGUUUCGUGGUAAGCAUCAUGCGUCUUACAGACACAAUAUCGUGCAUUUCUUGCGCUUCUGCAAACUUUUACUCUUACCGAUUAUUGUGA